AUGCUUCGGCGAACGUCUUGGAGGGCGGUUGGCUACACCCCUGUUAAUCCAGACACUUCCCCUAUGCUCGCCUAUAGCCAGUACCACUGGCACUACAACCUCCCACAGGGCAUGGAGCGCCCAUAUGGAGUCAACCGAACAAUGACAGCACCCUAUGAAGGUGCUCACUCUCUUGUUAACAAAUAUCGCGGUGUAUGGAUUGAGCUUGACAUGCAUCCUGUCUUUCGCGUGGCACUGGAGCCACAGCUACGUAAACUGCCCCACGGACGCACGAUACCCAAAACCUCCGUAGAGGAGGUUAUUUCGGAUUAUAUUAAUACGGCGCCCCUGAUCGCAGAUGAAGUGACGCGAGAUCUUUGGUUAGCGAAGGUGCUUCAGCACUGCGCGUUCCAGCGAAGCAAGGAGGCUAUGACACUCUGGGAGAAAUACUGCCAUUCACGCUUUAUUGCCGAUGGCGCUAACGCAACCCCGCCGAUCUCCUUAGUCAAGGCGAUGCUGUUCUACUGCAGUAAAAUAGACCAUAGCGGGUGGAGCCCUAUUUUUCAAAAGUGCCUGAAGCAUGGUUGGAACUACACUCCCCUGUUUGACACGUCCCAGUGGAAUUUCUUGCUGAAGAGCGUCGGACGCAUGGGUGACGAGAAGGGUGUCAAGCUUCUUCUAGAGGAGAUGUUGGACGUCCAGGCUGACCUGGAUCGCGUGGAAGCGCGCUCUAUUGUGAUUGCGCUUAACGCUGUCACCGACAACGGCAUCUACGAAUACGUAAAAAAGUACCUAUUCAACUUUUGUGAGCGUAAGGUGAAGUUUCUGCGUGUUACGUACUCCGAUCUGCGCGGCCACGGGGCCGGGAAGCUGCGAAUUCCGCUCAGCGAAAACGACAAGAUGUACUACCACGUCUGUUGGCACAGCAGCAUCCGCGCCCCGCGACAGUUUUCACCGCGUCAGCUGUACUUUGACUACACGCCUUCAGCCCUUGGCGCGAGUGUGCACAAUCCGAACGCGAAGAUCGAUGACAUUGUGAAGGACAAGAUUGAAAAGUGGAAGACGGAGGGACUUCUUCCGGAGGACUAUGUGCACGAAGAUCGCGUGUAUGACCGUGGAGCCGCCUUCAAAAACGUUGCCCGCCAGGAGAAGUGGAAAAAGAUGCCAAGGAUUGUGAAGAGCAAGAAAAUGGGUUACACAGGCGAUCCGUGA